AUGUUUAACGCCAUCAAUCCUGUUAAUUCCUACCCGCGACCCCCAAAACAAGACAUGACCGAGUUUGAAGACCGGACGAGCUGCACGUCCAAUAUGUAUCUGCCCAGUUGCGCGUACUAUGUCUCAGCCGCAGAUUUCUCGUCGGUCUCCACGUUCUUACCACAGACUACUUCGUGCCAAAUGACAUUUCCUUACUCCACUAAUUUAGCUCAGGUUCAACCUGUUCGAGAAAUGUCCUUCAGAGAUUACGGGUUAGAGCAUCCAACUAAGUGGCACUACAGGAGCAGCUAUGCGCCUUACUGUUCCGCGGAAGAAAUCAUGCACAGGGACUACGUUCAGCCACCGACCAGGACGGGAAUGUUAUUUAAAAACGAUACCGUCUACGGUCACCGUGGAGGCGCCAACGCAACCUGCAAUUUCUACGCCACGGUGGGCAGGAACGGGAUACUUCCUCAAGGAUUCGAUCAAUUUUUCGAGACUGCCUAUGGGAUUUCUGAUCCUUCCCACAGUGAACACUUGACCGAAAAGCCUGUGCCUGCGUGCCAGAGUAUAACGGCGUCUGAUAAACUCUCACCAGACCACGAGAGACAAACUCCGGCGCAAAACCACAACCCCGAAUGCCCCGGUCACAGUGCGACAGAGAAAAGCAACGUUUCCACCCCUCUCCGAUCCCGAAAGAAGAGAUGCCCCUACACCAAAUACCAAAUACGCGAACUUGAACGAGAAUUUUUCUUCAACGUCUAUAUAAACAAAGAGAAACGCCUGCAGUUGUCAAGAAUGCUGAACCUUACCGAUCGACAAGUUAAAAUUUGGUUCCAGAAUCGAAGGAUGAAAGAAAAGAAAUUAAGCAGAGAUCGGCUGCACUUUUUUACUGGGAACCCUUUAUUGUGACUAGACGUAGCUCGUUCGUGAUGAAACCUCCGGUCUCCUUACUGCCCUUCCAUCGAUCAGUACUUAUACAAUCAGGAACUAUCAGUGUAAUGAAACAGUCUGUCUCUUCUUCGGUGGAAAAGGGAGCGUACUUACUAUGUUUGGAAUGGAUUCGGGUUCACGGCGACUGAUCGUGUAGAAACUUGCAGCAUAUUUAUAAGAUAAUACCUCAGCAUUUCUAUUACCCGAUUCCUCAGGUUCUUCGGGAUUCUGAAGUUUGGCACAGAAAGGAGCAGCAAUCUGCUUUUCAAUCAAUAAAAUCAGGGUAAUAGGCUGCAGUGUGCUGAAGUGAAGUGAAACUAUUGUUCAUGUCACAGCGAAGGCUCAAUCAGACAAUACUAUAUAUUUUUUAUUUGUUUCAAUCAAUGUGUAGCCAAACUGAUCUGAGCUAUUCAAUUUGUAUAUGCAAUGUCAUGGAAAGAACAAAAUGUAUAUUUAUUAUGUUACAUUCUCAGUUGUAUACAUUUUAUUUGUUAAUUAGAAAUUCCCACAGUUGAGAUGUCCAAUAGUUGCGGUUUGAUAUACUUUUGAUGUUAUAAUUUGUUGACAUUUUAUGAUUAAAGCAUGUGUUGUUUUGUAUUUUUCUCAAGUGAAUAAA